CAGGUCUUCUUUGUUUUUGGUCUCUUUCUUUCUUUCUCUCUCUCUCUCUCUGUGUCGCUACAGAUUUUAAGAUCGCUUAGCUGGUUCCGUGCAUCUGAUUAGCUGCUGUCUUAAUAUUUCUUCCAAGAGUUGAGGUCGUUGAAAAAAUCUAAUCUUUCUUUGGUGGGUGGGUGAAGACUCUUCUUCGUUUGUCGAUUCAACCCGAUUUGCUCUGAUUCGCAGAUCUCAAGAGUUUUAAGAAAAUGAACAAAAGCACACGAAUCAUCGAUAUCCCCUCACCUUCGUUAGCCACCGUCUCGGCCUCUGCAGACGGUGAGCUGAAUGAAGACGACAUCUUUGCAAUGGACAUAUCUCACGCGCCGUCUCGUCAUUCUCCCGUAUCGUCUCCGGGGCAACAUCAUCAUCCUGCUCGCCAGCUUCAGAGGAGCAAGAGCGGUUUGAAAAACGUGGAAGCUUCUGGUAUCCUUGCGGCUCUUCCUGAAUCCUCUGGAAACAGCAGUUACUUGAGCCAUGUCUUUCACCAUAAGCCUGCGGCUGUUCUCUCCACUUCUGUCUCCUCCACAGCUUCUUCAUCGUCUUCUUCUGGUGGUGGUGCAUCAGCUGCUUCUUCGUCUUCUUCUCGAGCUAUCCCAGCAGCGCCUAAACCGCCUCAAGAGAGGCUUCCCUUUGCAGCUUCUUGUAUAGGUGGUGGGAAGUAUCCUCAAUCAGCUCCGGUUCAAGUGCCCUUAAUGUCUUCGGCGAUGAUGAAUCGCCAUAAGAAGGAAUUCAAGCUGACUGAUGUGGUGGAUGAUGAUGAGGAGGAAGAAGAGGAAGGCGAAAUGCUUCCGCCUCACGAGAUUGUAGCUCGGUCUUUGGCUCAGUCUUCGUUGUUAUCUUGCUCUGUGCUUGAAGGAGCAGGAAGGACACUUAAAGGGAGAGAUCUCAGGCAGGUAAGGAAUGCUGUUUUCAGAAGAACCGGUUUCAUAGAUUGAGUUUUUUUUUCUCUUUUACUAUUCAGAAAGACCAUUCUUUAAUUUGUUAUCCCAAUCGAUGAACUUCUUUAUCCCUUGUUUGUCCACACAAACUUGUCAAUGUGUAUGUUCAUAUAUGUUGUCUACAUUAGACGAUUUGUUACUUCAUAUCAAAGAGACUGAUGUGAUUCCACAUGUUUAUAGUUUGGCUU